AUGUCCUCGGUGUCACCUUUUGGCACCGUGUCAGAGUUCUUAUUUGCAGGUUACAGCAAAUCUGGCUGGGGAGGAAGUAUGUUUCUUAAAGGGUAUUGGCUAAGUCACAUGGUCACCAGGUGUGGCACUUCCCCAUGUCACUCCUGGGUGCUCCCGGGCUUACACCCUGGGGCUGACACCACAGAUGCCCCCACAGCAGCCACCUUCUCUAGGAUCAUUGCCUCUGCUCUUUUGGAAACUAAUUACAGAGGCUGCAACUUGUCACCAGAGUGGAUUUCAACCGCCACUAGCUGUCAAUUCAGUCUCAGGCAGGUGUCUUGCCUCAGCUCGGGUGGAAGAGGACAGGUUGUUAGCUGA